UGACGCGUUGCUAUAGUCGGAAAUUUGUCUAGUUGUCUAAAUUCGCUGAGGUUAAAAGCUCGACCAAUUCUGGUAUUGCAGUCAUUAAACACCGUUCAGUUCAUUCAGAAACAUGGGGUCUCGCGUGCCGCUUGCCAUAUUUUGCUUUUUUGCAAUUUUUAACGUGAAUGCAGUUUAUAGUUAUCCAUCAUCCGCUUCUUCUAAUGCCGGGAAAAAUUCAACUUUACAACUUGUGCAUAUGUUAAUGCGUCAUGGGCCGCGAACUCCAGUAAAUACAUAUCCCAACGAUCCCUAUCGCAAUAAUACGUAUUAUCCUUAUGGCUGGGGGCAGUUGACAAAUAAUGCUAAGUCCGAACUUUACAAAUUGGGAAAUUGGUUACGAAUGCGUUACAAGAAUGAAUUAGGUCCUUAUUUCUUCAAUGACUUAUUAUAUGCACAAGCUACUGUUUCUGGGCGUACUCAUAUGACCUUAGCUACACUCUUUGCGGCAAUGUUUCCACCAAAGAAUUCUCUAAUGGAAUGGAAUACUAAGUUAAAUUGGCAACCAAUACCAAUAUACUCAUUACCUGAAAAGGAUGAUAUUUGGCUAAGAAUGCAAGUACCUUGCCCACGAUACGAUCAAGCUUUUCAAGAGGCAUUACAAUUACCUGAAGUAGCUGCAGAACAUGCGGAAAGUCAAAGUUUAUUCGAUGAGUUGUCCAAAAUAACUGGUACCAAUAUUACUACUGCCGAUGAUGUAAACACUAUUUUUGUAAUAUUACAAGCUCAGGAAGCAUACGGCUUAAAAUUACCGGCAUGGAGUAAAAAGUACUAUCCAGAAAAAUUAAGAUUUAUGGCUGAGCAAACCUAUGUUUACAAUGCUUACACCCCUGAAUUGCGUAAAUUAAAGGGUGGUCCAUUUGUUCAGAAAAUGUUCAACGAGUGGCAAAGUAAAGCAAGAGGUGAACUUGUACCAAAAGAUCGUAAAUUCUUCAUGUAUGGUGCACAUGAUUGGACUCUUACUAACGUAUUAGCAACUAUGAAUGUAUGGAAACGUGCAUUUCCACGUUUUUCAGCAAUGGCAUUAUUUGAAUUGCAUAAGGACUUAGACACCGAAGAAUAUUAUGUUGAAAUUUAUUAUAAAUAUGAUCCAAACAAACCAGUUAAAAGACUAACCGUACCUGGUUGCGAAUUUCAAUGCCCAUUGGAAAAACUUAUUAAGCUUACUAAGGCUGUUUUGCCGAAUGGUACUUAUGAAGAGAUGUGUGAACCUAAAAACACGAGUACUUAAUUUUUUAAAAUUAAUUUUAUAGUUCAGUUCAGUUUUUUCUAUAGAGACGGUUUAUUGUGAUAGUUAUACUCAUAAAUUUAGAAAAUAGAAUUUAUUUAUUUAUUAGUCUUAAUAUCUGCACAAUUCAAGUAUUAUUUACCUACAGUGUACAGCAGUUUCCGCAGUAAUUGGUAAAGGAAUGUGUUUCCUUAUUUAGAGGUUCCUUUUUUUUUAAAGAAUGUAUGUA